UCUCUGAACUGACUCUUCAGGUCUUUUGACUGCCCAUUUCCUUAAGGGAUUAUCUUUUUUCUUACUGAUUUGUCGUAGUUCUUUUUGUAUUUUGGACAUUAACUCUUUGUGGAUUUUAUAUUAAAAUUAUAACUAUCAAAAUAUCUGAUUGAUUGGAACAUUCCGUUCCCUGACUGUGCAGGAUGAGAGUUUAUUUCAGGGCCUGUUCUGAGGUUAUAAAGCUCAAUGAUUGUGACUUAGAAUAAGAACAGCAAAGAAUGUGUGAUGUGUGCUUGAUUGUCUAAUCUGGUUUUUUGGGAUUGCAUCAUACACUCAUGCAAAUAUAUACAGACGACCACUGUGUAUCACAGCCCUGCUUCCUACAAUCCUACGGACUUAAACUUGGUCUUCAGAACAAGGGAGAAUGGCUUCACUUCUGUUUGAGUGGCUCAUUUGAUGGCAUUCCGUACAUUCCAUUUGGUUAGGAAGCUCCCGGCCAUUUGCCUUCGCAAAGCCUCUGGAUGCCUCCUGGUUUUCUCUGGGGUCAGGUCUGAACUCUGCUCGACAUCUCCGCUCUGCCACAACCGGCUGCCACCCUUUCUGCACGCCUGUGUGAUUUCUAUGCCCUCUGUGCUCCGACCAGCACCUUGCCUGCUUCUUUGCGUGUACACAUUUGUCCGAAUUCAUUGAGCUGUCACUUAAGAUGUAUGCAUUUGACUACUUGCCCACGCCCCAGGUCAGCGAGCGCAGGGACCCAGACCCCAGUCGAAUGCAGAUGCCACAGGGGAACCCGCUGCUGCUCUCUCACACCCUGCAGGAGCUGCUGGCCAGGGACACCGUGCAGGUGGAGCUCAUUCCUGAGAAGAAGGGCCUCUUCCUGAAGCAUGUGGAGUAUGAGGUUUCCAGCCAGCGCUUCCAGUCCUCUGUGUACAGACGGUACAAUGACUUUGUGGUCUUCCACGAGAUGCUGCUGCAGAAGUUCCCGUACCGCAUGGUGCCAGCCCUGCCACCCAAGAGAAUGCUGGGAGCUGACAGGGAGUUCAUCGAGGCCCGGAGGAGAGCGCUGAAGCGCUUCAUCAACCUGGUAGCCCGGCACCCCCCCUUCUCUGAGGACGUGGUCCUCAAGUUGUUCCUGUCCUUCAGUGGUCCUGAUGUGCAGAACAAGUUAAAGGAAUCGGCGCAGCUUGUGGGAGAUGAAUUCGUGAAUUGUAAGCUGGCUACUCGGGCCAAGGACUUCCUCCCAGCUGACAUCCAGACUCAGUUUGCCAUUAGUCGGGAGCUGAUUCGAAAUAUCUACAACAGCUUUUACAAGCUUCGCGAUCGGGCUGAGCGGAUUGCGUCGCGGGCCAUCGACAAUGCUGCUGACCUUCUCAUAUUCGGGAAGGAAUUGAGUGCUUUAGGGUCUGACACGACCCCGCUCCCUUCCUGGGCCACUCUGAACAGUAGCACAUGGGGGUUCCUUAAGCAGGCGCUGAAAGGCCUGUCUGUUGAAUUUGCACUGCUCGCUGACAAGGCCGCACAGCAGGGCAAACAGGAAGAGAAUGAUGUGGUGGAGAAAUUGAACCUCUUCUUGGAUUUGCUCCAGUCCUAUAAAGACCUGUGUGCGCGGCACGAGAAGGGGCUGCUGCACAAGCCCCAGCGGGCCCUGCACACGUACAGCCUGAUGAAGCGGCCGGCGAUGAGCGCCGCUGUGCAGAGCCGCGAGCCCGAGUCCGUGGAGCAGCUGGAGUCCCGCAUCAUGGAGCAGGAGAACGCGAUCCAGACGAUGGAGCUUCGGAACUACUUCUCCCUGUACUGCCUGCACCAGGAGACGCAGCUGGUCCACGUCUACCUGCCCCUCACCUCCCACAUCCUCGGGGCCUUCGUCAACUCACAGAUCCAGGGGCACAAGGAGAUGAGCAAGGUGUGGAACGACUUGAAGCCCAAGCUGAGCUGCCUCUUUGCUGGACCAAACAGCACCCUGACCCCGCCGAGGUCCCCGCAGGACGGCGUGUCUCCUCACUAGUGCCAAGGACCUGGGCGCGAGCCCCUGGCGCCUCACUAAAACUUCUUUCCAAACGGUGUGUCCCUGUUUAAUUCCCCUCAGACGGCGCUACCCCCACCCCCAGGGGUCCCUGGCGGCGGGCUGACACCUCUGGAGCAGAAGAGCUGACAUCCGGCUGGGUGGGGCCGGGGUCCACAUGGCCACGGCUCCCCUCCCCUCGUGGGGAGCAGGGCCGAGGACACGCCCUGAGGCCUCUGAGCGUCCGUGGAAACCGAGUUGCCCUCGACCACUCCUGCCCCCCGACCUGCCCUCACACCCGUGCUGUGGCCUGUUGGUCUGGCCGUGAGAAGUGUUAAGAUUCCCUGGAAUGGUUUUCUCCCGAUAGUGAAGGCAGUGCAGCAAGGAUGGUUCUCACACAGCAGAUGGAGCCUGGGGGCAUGUGCAGGGGGACCCCAUGUGCUAGAACAGUCGGGAGGGGUCUGGAUUAGCUGAGCGGGGAGGGAGGCUGAGACCCCACGGAAGGCAGGACUGUCCCUAUGUUGCCAUUGGACAGGAGGUGGCUGUAUCUCUGACACGUGAUUGGUCAGCGAAAGGGCAGACAGCCCAGGGCGGGUGUGGUGCGACAGUGUGAGUGCCAGAGCGGGCAGCAGGAGUGAGGAGGGAAGGCGGGGACCUGAGGGUCGCUGGGCGCACAGUGUUCAUUUCAGGGGACAUGCUCCAGUGAGUGCCCUAGGGCCCUGGUCUGGGACUGGCCUCCGGGGCGGAGUGUCCGUGUCCCUCACUCCCUGCACACACACCGUGCACAUGCACACACUGUGACCCUGUGGUGUGCCUGGGGCUUCUGCUGUUUGUCCAAGUGCCAGGAACUGCUCUGUUCCCUUCCUGUAUAGACGCCCCCCUUUUGGAGACCAUGAGCUUCGAGGCCUGAGAAAGGGCAGAGGAGGGGAGGGCAGC